UGAAGUAUUGAAGACUCCCAGUUUGAGUUAUAUUCUGAUCCAUUGCUACAGUGAGAAAACAACUGCCAGUCUGGGAAUGCUCUGUUUCUUGUUAACAGUUCACAGCCUUUGGAACUAUUUUUGCAUGCUGCACAAGGAUAUAUUUUACAUUUCUUCAAUAACUCCUAAAAGACAAUCCUGAGAUCCCUCCUCCAGCUUUCAUUCAGAAUUCAGCUGCACAAGAAUCUUAACCCUUUUUUACAGUAGCACAGACCUAAGAGAAAUUCAACUAAAACUGCAAGUAUCGUUCAAGCCUCUACUUAAAACCUUUUGCUGAGUCUCCAGACAUGAAACGGUUGUCCUUCCUUCUGCUCUUUAUAAACCUCUCAGUGCUGGUUCUAUCUCACAUUAUGCUAGAAGAAAAGAAGGAAAACACUAAAAGCGGAGGUGUAAUCCGGUUCCCUGAGCUGCUUCCUCCUAUCUCUAUAGUGGAUUUGACAAAGACUUCAAGGAGGGUAAGCAGGAUGGAUGCAGAAAAGAAUAAAUUAGCAAAGAGGAAGCUUUUACCAAAAAAGAAGUCAAGACCACCUCCUCCAUCAAACUGUGUGCCGCUUAAGUCCAGCUGUAAGCCCCCUGCCCGUCCCUGUUGUGACCACUGCGCCAUCUGUUAUUGUCACCUUUUCCAGACCAUUUGCUACUAUAAGAUGGGCUACCCAGACUGCUGAAGGAGAGAAGGAGGACUGUAUAGAGUGAAAAGUACCAUUACACAAAAUAGUAUUUAAAAAAAUGUUUGUUUGUUUGUUUUUUGCCAUGGAACACAACAUUAUUAGAUGACAUGCUCAUUUGUUAUUCUGGAGUUGAUAAAUGCUCCUGUAUAUAAAAUGGCACAGGGUCUGUGGAUUUUUUUUUGCAUAAUUAAAUACACAAUUUUGUGGUUUAUGUUUUAGAAGAUUCACUAAAAAUGUGAUGACUAUAAAAUAGUAAUGUUGCCCUUCAUAUGCUGCUGUUUUGGAUAAGUUUUAUAAGCUGUGAUCACAAUAAGGAUA